UUUAAUCUUUUACUACCAUAUCAUAUUUCUCUUUGUAUCAACCCAUCUUGAAAUCAUGGGAAAUAUAGCCAUCCACAAACUUCUAAUUGUUCUAUGUCUUUCAUGCUGUUUAUUUGAUUGUUACUCAUGCAACAGAAUCCCUAUGACUUGGAAAGUGGAUCCAUCAAUGGUAGAUGGUCAUGUUAAGAAAGAUUUGAGCAUGAACUUUAGGAAUAAGGAAGAGUUGGUUGACAUGAAGGAAGGACUUAAAGGAAGAAAGAUGGUGAAUAUUGAAGAUUACCCCCCGACAGGACCAAGUCAUCCUAUUGCCUCAAAAUUGGAAGGAAGAAUGAUGAUGAAUAUUGAAGAUUACCCUCCAACUGGACCAAGUCAUCUUGUUACUUCGAAAUCAGAAGGAAGAAUGAUGAUUAAUAUUGAAGAUUAUCCCCCAACAGGACCAAGUCAUCCUAUUGCCUCAAAAUCAGAAGGAAGAACAAUGAUGAAUAUCGAAGAUUACCCCCCAACAGGACCAAGUCAUCCUGUUGCCUCAAAAUCAGAAGGAAGAACAAUGAUGAAUAUCGAAGAUUAUCCCCCAACAGGACCAAGUCAUCCUAUUGCCUCAAAAUCAGAAGGAAGAACAAUGAUGAAUAUCGAAGAUUACCCUCCAACUGGACCAAGUCAUCCUGUUACUUCAAAAUCAGAAGGAAGAAUGAUGAUGAAUAUUGAAGAUUAUCCCCCAACAGGACCAAGUUAUCCUAUUGCCUCAAAAUCAAAAGGAAGAACAAUGAUGAAUAUCGAAGAUUACCCUCCAACAGGACCAAGUCAUCCUAUUGCCUCAAAAUCAGAAGGAAGAACAAUGAUAAAUAUCGAAUAUUACCCCCCAACAGGACCAAAUCAUCCCAUUACCUCAAAAUCUGAAGGAAGAAUGAUGAUGAAUAUUGAAGAUUACCCCCCAACAGGACCAAGUCAUCCUAUUUCCUCUAAAUUAGAAGGAAGAAUGGUAAUGAACAUUGAAGAUUAUCCCCCAACAGGACCAAGUCAUCCUGCAACCUCUAAAUCAGAAGGAAAAAGGAUGAUGGGUUUUAAAGAUUACCCCCCAAUUAGACCAAGUUCUCCCGUUACCCCAAAAUCCCUUUGAAAACCAUAGGUUUUUUUAAUCCAAUAUAGUUAAUAAUUUAGGCCCUAAUUAUGAGUCUUAUUACUAUGUAGUCAAACUAAAUAAAUGUCAUUUUGGUUGCCAUGAAUGAUAUUAAGGUGUAUUCCGAUA